GAUGUUAUAUUAGAGGAUGGAAUCUCAAAAGGAGCGAGUGUUUUCACUCCCCUUUGAACCUUAUCCGUCUCAGAAACGUCUGAUGCAUGAUUCCUACCGUUGUAUUGAGGAAUCUGAUUUUGGAUUGUUUGAGUCGCCUACAGGAUCUGGGAAGACCAUUGCGAUGCUGUGCAGCGCUUUGACAUGGCUUGAUGAAAAUCGCAUUAAUGAUGCUGUUGAACGUUUAAAGAGGGACGAUUGUAUGGACACGAAUGUGCCUAAAUGGGCUCUACGAUCCAUUGAAGCUCAGCAUCGUUUAACGGCGGAGUGUACAAUUGCUUAUGAAACAGAGGAACUUGCUAAGAUACGCGAAAGGCUGUCAUGUCACUUGUCUAUUGAUGAGGGAGGUAUCCAUCCUCGUUACACAGGGAAGCGUCGUAGGGAAUUAGUAUCUGAAACUAAGGGGCACUUGGGUAAAACAACCCGAUUACAAAGGGACAAGGUACAGAUAAUAAUAUGUAGCAGGACGUUUUCUCAGCUUAAUCAAUAUGUGAAGGAGUUUCGUCGUUUGGGUGCAUUGAGUAAGAAUGUGAAGAUUGGUUUUGUGACUGGUCGUAGCCACACUUGUAUUAAUGAGUCCGUUCGAUCUAAUUGUCAUACAAAUGAAGAGUUUAACGAGCAAUGCUGCUCCAUAUCUUGUGAUUUACGUGACGAUGUAAGUCUAUUGAUGGAUGCAUCCAUUGCCUAUCCAAUGGAUCUUGAGGAUUUACGUGUUUUUGGUACAGCUUUUGGUGCGUGUCCGUAUUAUGCAUCUAACAAGAAUGUGAAGGACUGUGACGUUCUUUUGGUUCCUUAUAUAUCGGUAUUUAAUGAGUCCAUUCGUCAGAGUAUGAAUUUGAAAAUAGAGGACAACAUCCUUAUCAUUGACGAAGCUCAUAACCUCCUUAGUGCUAUGUCUGAGGCUCAGUCAGGUCGUAUAUCAGGUCGCGUAUUAUGUGCAUUGAUUCAACAGUGCAGAUCGUACUUGAACAAGAACGGAAGCACUAUGACAGACGCUGCUAAGGAUUCGAUGUCAGCGUUAUCCAAUCUCUGUCAGACUUUUGCGGACUGCAAGACUGUAUUACUGGGAAAUCGUAUUUCAAAAGCUUCUCAGGUGUUCACAAUUCCUCGUUUUUUGGUUGCUUUAGGCCUUGAAAGCGCUUGUUUACAUAGUACGAUCGGAUUUCUAUCAUCUGAUGAUUUUUGUAAGAACAUGCGUUAUUUUGGCAUGAAGGUAGCUCAUAGAUUGGCUAAAGCGUUACCAGCUGACCAACCUAAAUCUGUUGAAUCUGAUGCCAGUGCUGUGUAUACAUUCCGGCAUUUUAUUUCUACUUUGUUAUCUGCCAGUCUUUACGACCGUGUUAUUUUCACACCAUCGACAGACGAUUUUGAGAUAGAGGUCUUUAAUGUAUCGGCUGAUGAGCGUUUCCGUUCAAUGACUCGUGAUGCCAAGAGCAUUUUGUUGAUGAGUGGGACUUUAACUCCGAUUGAGGAGUUCAUUUCACUUUCUCCAUUCGGUUCUGAUGUCAUAAUCCACAAAGCUCCACCUGUAUUUCCCAUAGAUCGGUUUUACGUAUCUGUUUUAGCUGCCGAUGACCAAGGAUCCACGUUAGUCUAUGACAGCAACUCACGUGAGCAGAAGCGUGAGAUAUCUGUUCUAUUCAACCUUAUUGAGCGUCUAUCAUCGGUUGUUCCAAACGGGAUUGUCUGUUUCCUUUCUAGUUAUACGUUUUUGGAGAGUUUUCAAUCUGCCUUUGAACGUGCUCCGGAGCGUGUUAAUAUACUCCGCAACAAGAAGGUGUUUUUUGAGUCUAGAGACAAGAAUGUUGAUACGUUUGGUGAGUACAGUAAGGUUGCACUUACGACAGGUGCUAUUCUAUUUGGUGUUUACGGCGGGUCUCAGAGUGAGGGUGUUGACUUUCACGAUGGUUUGGCUCGUUUGGUAUUACUAGUUGGUCUUCCAUAUCCCCCUGAAACGGUGAAGUUGCGAUUGCGUCGUAGUUAUUUAAAGUGUAGAGCAUCUCAAGUGGACCUUCCUCUGAAAAGACGAGAGUUUUACAACAUGUUAUCGAAUGAUAUAAGCACCAUCACGUGUUAUAAAAUUGUAAACCAGAGUAUAGGUAGGGCCAUGCGGCACAAGGACGACUUUGCCGCUCUAGUGCUGCUUGACGCUAGAUACAACGAUGAAAAAAAUCGUAGUUACCUUCCUGACUAUGUUGUUAAAUCGCUAAGUGAAAACGGCAACCUUGAUAACCCUUGCUACGGUUCUGCUAAGUUGAUAGAUUCUCUGCGCAAGUUUUAUGAAUCGCAUGCAUCAAAGACAUGAUUGC